UGAUCGGCCGCGCCCUUAUUGUCGCGCACAGUCAGACAAUGCCGGUCUGCUGCGCUCUCUUCCUGCUCGCGGAGGUAGAUGGAAAAAACCUGUAAUUACGCAUAAACUGGUUUUGUUAACUUUGGCUUUAGUAAUAUUGCUUUUUUUCAGUGCAAAAAAGUGCGGGUUUUGUUGCUGAGUAGCAGCUAACAGCGGGUUUGCUGGCGCUCUCUCGCGGCGCCCGUCGGCAGGUGGAUGGGCAGCGCUGUCCGGGCGCAGAACCCCGGCAUCUUUUAAAAGCCACCCUUCCGGCCGAGUCUGUCCGCUUUUUAUUUCACGUCGUACCACCGCCAUGCCUUAACAUCUGAAAGUUUUAGAAGAUGGCACGUGUUUUCAGCUGGAGUGAGAUUAAAGAUUGGAUGUUACAGUAACACCGGAACAUGCGCUUCUGAUGAUCGAACAAAGGCUGAGGUGCGAUUUGGUGGCUGCUGCGAUUUUCAAACAGCUUGGACGAUAAAGGGGCGGAUAAAGGUGUUUUCGCCGCGGCCGAAAGUCGAUCCAGCUGCCGCAGCCCACAGAUGCAGGCUGCUCAGCUGGUCUUCCUUCCUCGGAAUACGAAACCACUGCUAAAAUGACUCAAGAUUGGUCAGAAACGAGGACAUUGCUUGUAUGGGAGACUGACGUCUGCCAGGCCAGUGAUGUGGAGCUACAGUCGGAUCUGAGCAAUUUUUUGAGAGUUUUCUUCACUUGCUGUGUGAUUGCAGUCAGAGGACUUUGAUUCACGACCGUGUUCCUACGCCUCCAAGCCCAGAGCGAUGCUUCUGUAUGCGACCCUGUUCUUCCUCCGCAGUCUCUUGGCCGUGCCGGCGCUCAGUUCUCCCCUAGCUGUGCCCCGGACGACCGUAGCACACCUCGAUGAUAAUGCUCGUCUGUUCAGAGAGGAGAGGGUCUCGAAUUACUCCUGCAUGCUCUUGAGAGAGGACCUGGGUCUGCUUCUGGUCGGGGCCAGAGAUGUCAUCUAUGCACUGGACAUGCAGGAUGUCUCCAGGAAGAAAUCUGAGGUUAAAUGGGCGAUCACAAAAAACGAACAGGAAAUGUGCAUGACUAAAGGAAAAACUGAGGUCGACUGUCAGAACUACAUACGCAUCCUGCACACGGUACACGACGGCCGGAUCUAUGCGUGUGGGACCAACGCCUUCAGUCCACUCUGCACCUACAUGACUUGCGACGAGGGGCAGCUGCAGCUGCAGGGCUGGAAGGAGGAUGGAAAGGGGAAGUGUCCUUUCGACCCGCAUCAGAGAUACGCUUCCCUCAUGGUUGGUGAUGACCUGUAUUCUGCCACCACCUUGAACUUCCUCGGCUCCAACUCGGCCCUUACACGGAACUCCCGUACCCACCUGAGCACGGAGAUCCAGGACUCAUGGCUCUCUGACCCCCGGUUCGUCUACAUGGCCGAGGUCCCUGAGAGUUUGGGCAGCUCGACUGGCGACGACGAUAAGGUCUACCUGUUCUUCAGCGAGGCCGCCGUAGAGUAUGAUUUCUACAAGAAGCUGGUGGUGUCGCGUGUCGCACGUGUUUGCAAGGGUGAUAUGGGCGGCCAGCGGACCCUACAGAAGCGUUGGACGUCUUUCCUGAAGGCCCGUCUCGACUGUCCUGUUCUGGACUACAGCAUGCCCUUCAUCCUCCAGGACGCGUUCCUGUGGCGUGACCACAACUGGAAGACAAGCGUCUUCUACUGCUUCCUGUUGACCGCGAGCAGGGCGUCCAUGAACACGUCGGCGGUUUGUGCGUACAAGGUGGAAGACAUCAGCCUGGUGUUCUCCAAAGGAAGGUACAAGAAGUCCAUCAAUGUGGAAAACGCCGACACCAAGUGGGUCCCGUAUGGCGGGGAGCUGCCCCAGCCACGCCCCGGAGCGUGCAUCGACGACGCGGCGAGGAGCCUGGGUGUGAAGCAGUCGCUGGACAUCCCUGACAGCACCCUGCAGUUCCUGAGGGGGCAGCCUCUCAUGGACACAGUGGUCCAGCCCCUGAAUGGGGGGCCGCAGCUCAUCAAGCGGGGGCCUGCCUUCACCCGCAUCGCGGUGGACAGUGUCCUAGCGUUGGACCGAUACCUCUACUUUGUCAUGUUCAUCGGGACAGAGAACGGGUCCGUCCUGAAGGCAGUCAACUACGGAAGCGACGUGGUCAUCGUCGAGGAGCUGCAUCUGUUCGGUGACGCCGUGCCCAUUGAAGUCCUCCGCCUCUCUAACGCCACGGGUACUCUCUACGCCGGCUCGGCCAGCGGCAUCAUGCAGGUUCCCCUGAGGGGGUGUAGCCGCUACAAAUCGUGUCUGGACUGCGUUCUGGCCCGGGACCCGUACUGCGCGUGGGACACGACAGGGGGUGCCUGCGUGGCUGUGCCGCCGGGGGAACCCUCCCCCGACAGGGAGCUGAUUCAGAGAGUGAAAGAUGGGAAUGCUUCCUUAUGUCCGAAAGUCGAGAGCAUUGAGACCCAGAACAUGACACUGGAUGCGGGGACCAAUGUGAAGUUGCCCUGUCAGCAGGGCUCCAAUCUGGCUCAGACAGUCUGGCUGCUGGAUGGUAAACCUCUGGAUGCUCCACACAUGGCCCACGUCCACGCCGACGGCCUGCUGGUGUUCGGCAACCCACUGGAGGCAGCGGGCCUGUACGAGUGUCAGUCUGUGGAGCGAGGCUUUGUCACCAAGAUGGCCACAUACCUGCUGCAGCCGGGGAACACCGACCCGUUGAUACCCAUGCUGCAGAAGAAGGCCUGCAACACGGUGGUUCUGAAGGUGACCGUGGCGCUUCUUAGUCUGCUCCUGGCCAUGCUACUGGUGUGGGACUUCUGCAAGGGACACAUCUCCCUGCCGUGGUGCAUCAAGUUGCGCCGGAACCCCCAACCACCACCCCUGCACAACCAGGGGUAUCACCAAGGGCCGGCCGAAAUCAAGCUACUGGCAAACCGCAGUGCCAACAACAACCACUGCGGCCUCCCAUUCCCCACAGACGCACACGGCACCCCCAGGUCCAACGGCAGCCCCAUGUUCAACCCCCAGUUCAUCGCCGACGAGUCUGAGAUCUGAGGGGAGCCUGAUGAGUCAGUCUGUCCUUUGGGGGGCGGAGCUACAUAUGGCAGCUGGACUGUGCGACAAAGACGUGGGGGCCUAGUCCACAGGAUUCUCAGCAGUUUGGCCCCCCCUGUACUUUGAUGAAGACUCCCCGUAGAGGGAGACAACCUUCAUCCUGGCACGUAAACACAGCUGCAUUUUUUUUCAUGUUUCAUUCCAGUGUUAAUUUUUAAGGCGAAUAAACCAGUUUUCGGGUCAGCCAGUGAGGAACCUGGUGAAAGUCGAAUCUUCUGCUUCUGCUGUAGCUUUCUGGAGACGCUGGCCAAAGCAAACCCUGCCCAGCAUGACUGUCAGGUUCGGAAGCAUGGAUCAAACCCGCCCCACAACGGGAGAGAAAACGAAACUGAACUGAAGCUGGAAAUCAGUUUGCCAGGAGAAACCUGUCCAGAAUGUGUAUUUUUUUAAUUUAUUUUUUUUUUAUAUAACAUUUUUCCCCAAAGACUCUUUUUGGUUUCUGAUACUGCUAUUGUUUUCCAACAUUUGUAUUGUUUUUUCAAAAAAUAUUACAGGCUUUUUUUUUUUCGCCUAAAAAAGAAAAAAAAAAAGACGUUUGUUGGUUUCCUGUUUUCGUAUGGAGCUGAGACUGCGUUCCUUUGGCAGGAGUUAAUAAAAAAAAAAACAUUUCUGCAUGCCUUAACGCUCGCUGCCUUUCCUGGGCAAGACUAUACAGGUGACAAACCCUGCCAGGUCGCCUGUUUACAUGCUAUUCGAGCGCGAUACGUGUUGUCCUGCGUACACACCCCCAGGCUUUGUACAGAGCUGCCAUCUUACUGGAAAUCGCAAAGCGGGACGCAGCAUGCCUGUUCCUGUUACUGCAUCAGCCCCUUGGACCUCUCAUUGCUCAUUAUUUAAUAUCAGCCAGAGCUGCUCUGGCUUCAAACACCGCUGUUGGAGCAUGUUUACGUUUUGUGAAAUGCUCCAUUGCCUUCGCACUGGGAAAGUGGUCUCAGUUUCGCUGGUACUCGCAUUGAAGUAGCUUGAAGCUGUAUUCAUUUCUGUAGGGAUGCUGGCUUUUGGCAGUUUUGCUAUUGGACUCGAAGGCUGGGACCAAUUUCAGUGAGACUGACAUGUUUCUUUCCAUAAAUUUCCAUCGACUGAACAGCUGUGGAUAUUAAUUGCACUGUUCUCUCUAUCCUCGGUCCUUUAUUGAUAUUUUGAUACUUUUAUACACUACAACAUCAAUGUUGCUCUCCUCCCAUUCGACCUGUCUUUACCAUCAAACUUGUUCAGCCACUGUUUCAGCCCAUUUCUUCCACCCUGCUGACACAACAGUUUGGACAAAACAAAAAUAAGACCGGUUUUCAUUGAA